GGAGUUCUGCCUUGCUCUGUGCUUGAGGUGUACAGUAACGAGAAGCAUAAAUAAUAAAUCAUGCACCCAUGCGAGAGUCCCCUCCACCAUUAAACGGUUAAUGGCCUUAUUUUCACGGUGAAAUCUGCAUGCAUGUAAUGCAAAGCAGAGCUGGGAUUGGCUGGCAAGCGCGUUGCAGAUCCAGGUGGCAUAAACUGACAGCUCUGGUCACAUGAUGGCUGUUAGGGCUUGCUUUUCCACUCCUCUGGCUGGGUUUGUCAGCAAGGGUUGAACAGAGGCACCCUGCAGCUUCCAAGAAUGUAGAAAAUGAGAGGAGGGAGGUCGCUGGAGAGGAGGCUGCUCCUUUGUUGUCUUCCUCUCCCCAAUGAGCCUGAAAUCCUGACCCGAGUGGAUCGUGGAGGCACAGGACUGCAGCCACAGCUGCCCAAGAACCCUGGUCAUGAGGCUCAACCCGGAUCGGUUUCGCUGAAGCAGGAGGACAGAUUAAACUGGCAUGUUCAGCCUGUAUUGGCUGCCAAGGGGGCACUUAGCUCUCUGAUGAAUUAGAUUGAUCUUCCAUGCUCCGCAGUUACACACUCGAGGAGACAAAGGAACUGACAAGUGGGGGAAACGGGCAAUAUUUGCAUUAGUAAAAAAAAUCUGUACUAGGCAACAAAAUGGAAAAGCUCUCUGUUAUGAAACUGUAGGGCAGCAUCUGCUCAUGGAUCCUGAUGUAAACGCUUGGAUGCUGCUUCAGGGACCUGCUUAUUUUCUUUAAGGAUUUCCCUCUUUUUUCCUUUUUGGUAAUUGUGCCUCUUAAGAUCAUGCUUCCCUCUGCAUCCUUGGGUGCCACCUCCCACCCCGCUUUUUGUGCUCUGGCAUGAAACGUCUUUUGUUUCAGUUAAAUUCAGACCUCUCGAUCUGUCACCUGACAGUCUUGUGGUUCUGGAUGAAUGUGGCUCAUUUCUAUUAUUAACCUGGGUUGGCAGCUGGUCUUCCUAACAGGAGGCAAUAGAGAUUCUGACAAGUGGAGCUCGCUUGAGGGACAAAGAUGCUUCCCAGCUGGCCUUUGCCAGAGUUUGAUCCAAGUCAGAUUCGAUUGAUUGUGUACCAGGACUGCGAAAGAAGAGGUCGAAAUGUCUUAUUUGACUCCAGUGCUAAGAAAAGAACAGAAGAUCCAUCAGUCUCGAAACUCUGCAGCGAUGCACAGGUGAAAGUCUUUGGAAAAUGUUGCCAACUCAGACCAGGAGGAGACAGUUCCUCCUCUUUGGACAGUUCAAUCAAUUCCUCUUCUUCAUCUUCUGAAAUAAAAGAACAAUGCCCUAAAUUUCAGGGCUCCCGGUGUUCUUCAGAUCCUAAUAUGCUUGGGGAGAUGAUGUUUGGCUCUGUGGCCAUGAGCUAUAAGGGCUCAACCUUAAAGAUCCAUCAAAUCCGCUCCCCUCCACAGCUUAUGUUAAGCAAAGUUUUUACAGCGCGUACUGGAAGUAGUAUCUAUGGAAGUUUAAACACCCUUCAAGACAGUCUUGAGUUCAUUAAUCAGGACAGCAAUACUCUAAAACCAGAUCACAGUACAAUUAUGAAUGGACUGCUUGGAAAUAUAGGUUUUUCACAGCUUUGCAGCCCUAGGCGGGCAUUCUCUGAACAAGGUCCGCUCCGCCUCAUCCGGAGCGCCUCUUUCUUUGCAGUUCACAGCAAUCCUAUGGACAUGCCAGGGAGGGAGCUGAAUGAAGACCGAGACAGUGGAAUUGCAAGAUCUGCUUCUCUGAGCAGCCUGCUUAUCACCCCAUUUCCUUCUCCUGGCUCUUCGUUAAAUAGAAGCUGUGCGAGCAGUUACCAACGACGCUGGCGGCGCAGUCAGACAACAAGUCUGGAGAAUGGGGUCUUUCCUCGAUGGUCAGUGGAAGAAAGCUUUAACUUGUCUGACGACAGCACCAGCCCAAGCCCAGGAAUUGUCCGGAAAAAGAAAAUAGCCAUUGGGGUGAUAUUCACUCUUUCAAAAGAUGAAGAAGAAAACAGCAACUUUAAUGAGUUCUUUUUCUCACACUUCCCUCUUUUUGAGAGCCACAUGAACAAACUGAAGAGUGCAAUAGAGCAGGCUAUGAAAAUGAGUCGGCGGUCAGCUGAUGCCAGCCAACGGAGUUUGGCCUAUAACAGGAUUGUGGAUGCCUUAAAUGAAUUCAGAACAACCAUUUGUAACCUCUACACUAUGCCACGGAUUGCAGAACCUGUUUGGCUCACCAUGAUGUCAGGGAUGCCUGAGAAAAACCAGCUCUGCCAUCGUUUUAUGAAGGAAUUUACUUUCCUAAUGGAACAAGCCUCCAAGAACCAAUUUUUACCAGCACUUCUGACUGCAAUUUUGACAAACCAUCUGGCUUGGGUGCCCACAGUCAUGCCAAAUGGCCAGCCGCCAAUCCGAAUCUUUCUAGAAAAGCAUUCAUCACAGAGUGUAGACAUGUUGGCUAAGUCUCAUCCAUAUAAUCCACUGUGGGCACAAUUAGGAGAUCUGUACGGAGCUAUUGGGUCACCCGUAAGGCUAGCAAAAACAAUAGUGGUUGGCAAAAGACAAGAUCUUGUGCAGCGUUUGCUUUAUUUCCUCACUUACUUCAUCAGAUGCUCUGAACUUCAGGAGACGCACCUUCUGGAAAAUGGAGAAGACGAAGCCAUAGUGAUGCCUGGUACAGUUAUCACCACCACUUUAGAAAAGGGGGAAGUAGAGGAAUCAGAAUACGUGCUGGUCACAGUGCAUAAGAACAGAGGCAGUUUGCCCUUCCAAGGGUCUGAAGAAAUGAGAGCAUCUAACUGCAGCUGCAAGGACUGCAAGGGCCCUCUUAACCCUAGUCAGAGUACAGAAGGUGCUUCAGGACAAGAGAGAAAAGAAUUGCAGAGCAACCCUAAGAGGGAGGUGGAAGUGGAGGCUGCUUCAGAUGAAGGCAAAGCAGCACCUGCUGAUUUCCAAGAAAGGCUGGCUGACAUGAAGCAUUGCAAAGACCCCAUGAAUUCUUGCUUGGAUGUAAAAUUGGAGAGAGUGGUCUUCACAGGCUCUGCCUCAGCAGAAACCUGUUUAUUGGCAGAGUCUAGACUACAACCAGAAGCUGGAUCAUGGAAGAGCGAGGCCUCUCUGGAUUCUGACCAUCAGUCUGUGAUAGCGGUGAGAUCAACAAGUACCAUGGUAGAGAAGAAGCCACCUGAUAAAAUUUCAUCUGAAGCAAUUCCUUGUGGCACAGCUGAAGCUCAAACAAAGGUGACUUUCCUCAUUGGAGAUUCCAUGUCACCUGAUUCAGAUAUUGAGAUCCGAAGUCAAGCAGCAGUGGAACAAAUGACCAGGCAUAGCAACCAGCUGGACAACCAAGAAAGAGGGUUUACUGAUGAGAACUGUGAAGCAAAACAAAACCACGAGGACCAAAAAACAGAUGAGAAUACAAAUAGAGAGUUCCCUCAGGUUGCCAUUAAGCUCCAGAACUGGAAUCCUUACAAUGAAGAAGGUGCUAGUCUGCUUGAAGAAUAUUUUACUGAGGAAGCCUCUGUUGAAACUAUGACUAUUGAUGAUAUUCCAGUGAAAACAACAACAGACAUUCUAGAUCCAAACAGUAGCUUAGAAUUUUCCCCCAAACCCUGUACAAAGAACAAGCCCCCUAGUGAAUUUUGUAAGUUUAUGGAAUCUGUUCGUCAAGAGACUUGCAAGAACUGUUUUGCAGAGCAGGACCAAAGAGAGAAAAUCUCUGUGUUUGUCCCCCAUGGGGACAGAGAGAGCUUGGAAAAAAAGGCUGACCCCGGAGUAGACUGGGACAUUCCACGAAACGAGAGUUCGGAUAGUGCCCUUGGGGACAGUGAAAGUGAAGACACGGGGCACGAUGCAGCCAGGACAAGAAGGAACUAUUAUGGGACAGAGCAAGAAGAAUGGGCCGAGGAAGAAGACAUACCUUUUCCUGGGUCAAAAUUAAUUGAAGUGAACUCUGUCCAGCCCAGUAUUGCCAAUUUUGGAAGGUCCUUGCUAGGUGGCUACUGUUCAUCUUACGUACCUGACUUUGUUUUGCAAGGCGUAGGAAAUGAUGAGAAACUGAGACACUGUUUGAUGUCAGAUUUGUCGCAUGCUGUGCAGCAUCCUGUUCUGGAUGAACCGAUCGCAGAAGCUGUCUGCAUUAUCGCAGAUACAGAUAAAUGGACAGUGCAAGUGGCCAGUAGUCAGAGACGAAUCAUGGAUAAUAAACUUGGGAAAGAUGUGUUAGUCUCUAAUCUUGUCUCCAACCUGCUUCAUUCCACUCUUCAGCUUUAUAAGCAUAAUUUAUCCCCCAAUUUUUGUGUAAUGCACUUGGAAGAUCGGUUGCAAGAGCUGUAUUUCAAGAGCAAGAUGUUGUCAGAGUAUCUCAAAGGCCAGAUGCGAGUUCAUGUGAAGGAGCUGGGAGUGGUCCUUGGGAUUGAAUCUAGUGACCUACCUUUACUGGCAGCUGUAGCAAGCACCCACUCUCCAUAUGUUGCCCAAAUUCUUCUCUAAAAUACCAAAGGGCAACAGACAGUAACCUUCCUUUUACAAAACGGAAGGCAAAGAAGGAGUCAUGGACCAGCCUUAUCCCAGCUCUUUCUUGCCCUCAGGCAAAGGAACAACUUGCUGGCUUGACUGUGUGCCUCUGCAACUAAAUGCCUAAUGUGCAAACAAAUGGAGUUUUGUCCGCCUUCCUUCCUUGCCCGCUCAUUAAAAGAAAACAAAAAGAAAAUAGAAAAUCAGAUCAGAGGGUGAGAUCACUAAGGAAGACACUGGAGCUUUGGAAGGCUGUGAAAUGACUUGGAUAAUUACUGGAGUGUACGUGGCUACAAGUUUUUAAAUUGCAGGAUUACCAGUGGGAGGAACUGUUGCAUAAACCUACACAGUGCUAAUGCUGUUUAUACAAGAGAACGGAACCAGCUGGUUACUUGGUACCAACCAGGAGAGCAUUGAAAGUGUAUAAUUCUAAGGCUGCAGCUAGUUGCAAUAAUUUCGAAUAUUUCUGCAUUAAAAUUAGAUGCUGAAUAUCACUUGUUUUUCCCCUAGGGAGGAAAAACCAUUUAAAGGCAAGUAGGAGAUUGAGAAGUAGUCUAACAACAACACUUGGCUCAGAAAUCGAUUAGUAGGGACUCUUUUAUGGAGAAGGAUGAGUUCAAGCUAAGAAAGAUCCAUUUUCUCCCAAAUUUGGGAAUGUAACAAUGAUUAUGCUUUGAUGUUUAUACCCUGCUAGUUUAUUUCCAUUUAAUGGUCAUAUAAAGGAAGAGAUUUUAGCAUGUAAAGCCUACACGAAAAGCUGCAGAAAUUCCUUCUUCUACAAACCAUUAAAGUGACAGGAGCCCUGGCACUUAUUUUGCAUGCAAACCCUUCUUAUUACUUUUUUCCCUUUAAAAACUCACAAAAAUGCCUUUGCUUUGAUUUUGUCCCAUUUGGAGAGAAUAGAAGAAUGCCCAUAAUGAUACAUCAAAGUCCAUUGGUUUCUGUAGGGUUCAAGAUGCCUACAUUUGACAGAUUUUGGGUAGUUACUAUGAAACAUGGAACACCUAUACUUAAGGAUCCACAAAUGGAUAAUUGUUUUGAAAAAAACAUUGUCCUUCAUUACCAGACAUGAAGGUAGAUUUCCUCCCUCAUACCAUUGUUUAAACAGUUGUAUUUCAAUAUUCUGGGCAUUCUGUCUUGACGGAUAUCACUUUUUUAAACCAAAUUAUUAAUUGGAUGUUUACUCAAUCCACAAUCAAUAAAUGCAGUACUCUCUUCAAAAUAAAGUGUAAAUCCUAUCUAAAACAGACAUAUUGAAAUCAAUAGAAUUUUUUAGGCCUAUCUAACUUUAACCCCAUGAUUUCAGUAAAUCUAUUUAGAUUUAGGGAUAAGCACUGGAUUUAGCCCUGAAUGUGUUUAGGAUUUCAAACCUGACAUAAUAGAAGGAAAGCUAUAUUUCUCUUCCUACUAUGCCUUAUUACCACUUUCCCCUAAUUAAAUGAUAAAAGAUAUCUGAUCAGUUACAAUAAAUACAUAAAGUUGAUGAAUAGAUAAUAUUUUGAGCAAGAUUUUCUACCUCAAAUGAAAUAAUAGGACACUGCAUUAAAAGGGUUUGCUUAUUUUCUGUAGAAUUACUAAAUAUGCAUUUGUUAUUAAUUAAUGUUUAGUUUUCUGGACUUCAUACGUAAUCACACUAUGAAAAUUAAGGGUAUGUAUUCCUUAAUUUACUAAAUAUUACACUUAUCAUGCUGGAUAUUUCUCAGGGCUGAUCCAGACCUUUUCCUUUUUGGAGAGAGAUGGCUGCAUGCUUGCGACUCUUGCUGCUUUUCUGGGUGGACUACAAUUGUCUUUUCUGCUUGCUUUCGCUGGAACAAACACUGUACUUGCACAGUUAUGGAUGUGGUGUAAUGCCAUUCUCCUCCUCCCUGGUGAAUACCAUCAUUGCUUCCGAACUCUGCUGCAGCUCCCAUUGGCCUGACAUCAGCAAAGAGGAAAAGGGCACCCUGCCUUCCACCUGUCACUGUCCGUGUUUAUGAAGCAUUUUACAUCACUCUUUUGUUUUUAUGUGGAGGAGCUCAGAACAACCUUUUAGAUUAACGACGUUCAGCUGUCAUUUCAGACAUUGUUUUUAUGGCCUCCUCCAUGAAGGAUGGAUUCUUCCUCUAUAUGGUACUAGAGACACUCUUCCAUUUGAAUUUUCAUGCGUUAACAAACUAAAAAGCUAGCUCUCCCACUGCCUCAAUUGGCAAUAACUCUCUCUUCCCCCCCUCCCCCCAAUUCAGUAAACAGUAAACACUUGACAUCCAAUCAGAUCCAAUCAGUGCAAAACUGAGGCUAAUGUGAUGGGAGUCAUAUCAGGGCAGAGGAAGCUUCUCCUCCUCUGUCUCACCAGAGCUUGAAGAAGUUACUUUUUUGGUCCCUGGGCAUGCUGGCUAGUGGAGUCUGAAUGCUGUGGUCCCAAAAAAUAUUUUUCCAAACUCUGAUCAGUUGAUCGAUCAGCCCCACCCCUCUCCCACUUGCACACACAGACCUCUGGGUUGUUUGUUUCUUUUUAAAAAAAUUCCACAUGAUCUACGUGGCGUCCACUGUUGCAAAUAGAAUCCAUGGCUUCAGCUUCUCGGUAUUUCCUACUACAUCUGUCUUGUUGAGUUAGAAUUUUAUGGGCAAAACCCAUUUGCAAAUGAGACUAUGUCCUGCAAAGGACUGUAAUGUCAGUUUGCUUUAAGGAAAUGGAACUGAAAUUGGUUUUGUAGUACACGGUCUUGAUCAAGAGACCUUUAUGUGCAGACAGCUUUUGUUGCCAUGUAUGUGUGUUUGAGAGGGAGGGAGGGAGAAAGUGCACCCUAUAAGCAGAUGGGCCUCUUCUCAAGCAGAGCUGUUCUACUGAGUGUGUUGUAGAAGUAUACUUGUUUACAUCUUAAGAUGAGAAGCUUCUUGCUAAUGAGACAUAGAUUGCCAGAAUUUCACCCAUAGAAUUGUCCUCAAAUGACAAGCAUUCACAUUUUAAAACUAAAUUAAGGCUUGAAUUUGAACAAUGUGGUUUCUAGGCUUGUCUAAACAAAACACUGACAAUAAAGCAAAGAACAAAAAGGUAUGGGCCAAUGAUACCUGGGAAUGAUGGAAUUUGCAGUCUAAUGCAUCUGAAUUAUAGCAUGUUAGAAUAGACUGGUUUAGAGCUCAGGUCAAGCCAUCCUACACUCUUAAUUUGUCACUUUGUUUAAAUUAGAGAUUAUUCUGAAUGACUAUGUCUUCAGGGCAAAAUAAUACAAGAUGUUGGCAGACCCACUUCUAGAAAUCGUUGAGAGAUUGAGUCUGGUAUAUGGAUGCAAGAUGUCUGCUCUACUACUGAACAAUACAUACUCCCUGUUAAAGUAAUUUACUCCAGGAUUUGUGCAGAUGUUGCUUGGUUCCAAGGUGGCUGAAGAAGACAUGUAGGUCAGUAGCUAUCCGUUCUCCUUUAUCCUACCUAUUGCCUGUCCAUUUCUGUUCUUCUAGAACAAAAUUGUGAGCUGGUGCUAUAAUACUGAAGUUCUGAAACCUGAAUAGUGAUAAUCUACAUCAGUGUUUCUCAACCAGGGGGUCAGGACCCCGGGGGGGGGGGUUGCGAGAGGGGUUUCAAAGGGGUUGCCAAAGACCAUUAGAAAACACAUAUUUCUGAUGUCUUGGGAACUAUCUGUUGGUCAUGGGAGUUCUGUGUGCCAAGUUUGAUUCAAUUCCAUCAUUGGUGGAGUUCAAAAUGCUCUUUGAUUAUAGGUUAACUAUAAAUCCCAGCAACUACAACUCCCAAAUGACAAAAUCAACCCCCCCCCAACCCCACCAGUUUUCAAAUUUGGCCGUAUCGGCUAUUUGUGCCAAAUUUGGUCCAGUGAAUGAAAAUACAUCCUGCAUAUCAGAUAUUUACAUUAAGAUUCAUAACAGUAGCAAAAUUACAAUUAUGAAAUAGCAACAAAAAUAAUGUUAUGAUUGGGGGUCACCACAACAUGAGGAACUGUAUUAAGGGGUCACGGCAUUAGGAGAACCAAUGAUCUACAUGAUCACUAUUAAAGUUUCAGAAGCACCCAUUCAGGCAGCUUCUAGGGAGAGUUCAGAAGGUCUGAUGUUUCACUCUUUGCAUUUAUUGGCAAGCAUGCUGAUUCAUGGGAUCAGAAAUGCAACUUGAUGAUGAUUGGUAAUCCAAAUGGUAAUAAGCCAUAUUGGUAUCUCCUUUAAUGCCUCCAAAGGUUUGUGGUAAUGAUAUACUACCUAUCUCCUCCAAGCAUUUGGUUCAUUUGAGAUUGUUGGGGAAAAUGCUGUUAAUGCUCAUUCUAAUGAUAUUAUUGGAAUGGUUACUUUGCAGAAGACAUUGUAGCAUGAGGGCAUGCUUUCCUGUGACUGAUAAUUUGUUUAUGGUACGUCUAAAAUCAAGGUACUACAUGCAUCUAUUUGUUUGAAUCUUUUUUUAAAAAAAGGGAACUGCAACAGCACUGUAGUGUUUGACCUCUUAAUGUAUCUUGCUUUUCAGUCCCAUGUAUAUACAAAACUAAUCCUUUUUGAUUUUUGCAAUAUUCCCAGCAUCCAUUGAUAUGUCUUAAUUUUAAGGCUGAAAAUGUUGAAGUGUAUUGCACAUACUAACAUUUUUCCCACUGUAGUUUGUCAAUAUAGGGCUGCUAAAAACAAUAAAAAGGGGAAAUCCAAAGCAAGAUUUUAAAUUUUGCAUUUUUAAAAUCCCUAUUUGUUAAAAUAGGUGUUUCAGAAGGGUUGUGUUUGUUUUGUUUUUGGUCUCCUAUAAACGAUGUAGAUGGUGGUAUGUGUAAUAUGCUGGGCAAAAUGUACAUACUUGUUAUCUUCUGUGUUUUUGUACAUAUAUAUUUCCCAAGAUGUGCACUUGUAUUAUAAUAACCAUUCCCAAUUUUAGGGGAACUUUGUGCAAUAAAUACAACAUUGUCCAUUUAA